GCAGAGUAGUGAAACUCUACUGAUAUGAAGUCAGUGCACGCGGUGACGGCCACCAGAACGCACGUGUAUAAACUGAUGGUUCUUUCUUUACUUCCGGUUUUCCGUGUUUACUGAGCUUUUUUCAAUAAUCCUAUUUGUGCCCACUGUGAUUUGAACUGUAAAAAAUUUUCAGUGAAAAAUCGUUUCUUAUUUUCUUCAAGAAGUAUGAAAUAAUUUCUCAUGAAAAUCAUUUUCGAUACAGGUACCAACAUGGACGCGGAAGCCGCCUUACUGGAGGAGUCUCCGACCAUGUCGACAAUCACUUAUUCAGACUUGGAUCCAACAUAUCCAGAAACUGAACCCCAAUAUUCACCUGAUUCAUCAAUCAUGAACAGUCCAAUGUAUAAAAAAUUGAGGGAAGAAGAAUUCAUACCGAAACCCAUACCUAGGCAUUCAAUUCCCCCUCGAAAACCAAAAUUCAGUAUACGACCGCCUUAUCUUAUGAUAUUCAUCAGUAUCAUUGAGAUAACAGUUCACUGUGUGGCAGAUGAAACAAUACGAAGGUGGCUCGUGUAUGAUCCACGACAGAGGGUACAAGGCUGGAGGUUCGUUUCAUACAUGCUGUUGCAUUCAGAUGCUCUUCACCUCACAUUGAACGUGGUCAUUCAACUGGUACUGGCCAUGCCACUCGAGAUCGAACAAGGACGUUUAGCUGUUAUAGCUAUUUAUCUAGGAGGUGGUGCUUGCGGUGCUUUGGGUGCCUCUCUACUUCAGCCGAGUCUUCUUCUUCUUGGUGCUUCAGCUGGAGUUUAUGCAUUACUUACCAGUCAUCUUGCACAUCUUUACUUAUGUCAUGGAGAGCUUCGUUAUGCUGGCUGGCGUCUUGUGGCUGUUCUACUUCUUGCAGGAGCGGACGUAGCAUCACUUCCAGUUCCUGCUCUUCUUGGAUGUGGGCGAGUGGGAUGGGCAGCUCAUGUUGCUGGUGCUCUUGCCGGUCCUCUUUUAGGCCUUGCAGUAUUUCCCAAUCAGAGUAAAAAAGAUUCAAGGGGUCGACGAUUUGUUCGUUUCGUCAGAUUUGUUUCUGGUAUUAGUGUUGCACUCUUAGUAAUUGGAGCUAUCUUAGGAAACAUUUAUCUUAUAGCAUUGCCCCAAUUAAGAAAACCUUCAUGACAAAGAAUUGAAAUGCUCGUGAAACUUUGUAAGAAAUCAUUUCUCAUUGUUAAAAUACGAGAAAAUGCCGACACCAUUUACGAGUAAUUCAAAUUCCCCCCCAAAAAAAUGUACGAAAUUCUUAAAAAUCAGUUUAAGAAAAUUUAUUAUGGACAUAAUAACAAAUUAGUGGAAGAAAUAUCUUUCCUUGAAAAAACAUUGUGUGUAUAUGUGUUUAUGUUUACAAAAGAAUACUCGAUAUUUUAAGGUGAACCAUAUGGACACUUUGACAUUUUGCAACAGGUUAUCAAAGAGACAAAAAAAAUUUUUUUUGAUAAAUUCAAGUGGCCUCAUCAAAAGAAUUUAAAUUUGAGGAGGAAAAAAAAAGAUACUAUCUUCACUGGAGAGACCAAUAUUAUAGUUACUUCAGUUUUUAUUUUGAAUGAUAAAGAAAACACUUGACAGUCAAGUAAGCAAGAGAAUGCUUAUGAAAACUUCGAAAAUCUUGAAACUCGACAGAGAGGCAAGUACUUUCUUUUCAGGAUGUAUAGCAAAAUAUGAUUGUUAUCAUAAUUAUAUUUCUUAGAAAAAAAACUAAGAGACUGACUUACUUCAAGAAUCAAGAUGAAGAAGUGGUAUCAGGUUUAUUGACCCAGUUUUUGUUUACUUCAAAUACAAAAAGCUUUUUUUACAUGAUGGUCUGUUCACAAAAUACGUAACGCUUCCAGGGGGGAGGGGAAGUCAAGCUAUUUGUUACGGACAGCUAAAAAAAUGGCGUUAAUGUAUGUAACUGAGCGUUACAUGGGAGGGGGGUGAAAUUUCCAAAAAAAUCGUUACCCUAAUAACACAAGAUACCUUGGGAUAUACUGAUAAUAUCCCGCAGAUAUCCUAGGGAUGUCCUAUGGAUAUCAAAAGGAUUUCUUAAGGAUAUCCAAAAAAUCGGCGGUUUGGAUAUCCUUUGGAUAUCUCUAUAGACUUUCAUAAAUGUCCUUCAGACAUUUGUCUGAAUCCACAUCCUGUGGAUAUCCUGUGGAUAUCUUGUGGAUAUCCUAUGGAUGUCUGUUGAUGUCCCACAGACCGGCGGUUUGGAUAUCCUAGGGAUAUCCUAUGGAUAUCCCAAGAUAUCCUGGGGACCAUUCUAGGAUAUCGACCAUUGAUAUGGAUAUCCUAUGGAUAUCCUUUUGUUAUGAGGGGACACGGAGAGAAAUAGAUGGUACGGGGUACUAUCUAAAUAGUACCCCGUACCAUAUUUGAUCCUACAUAUACGGACAGCUAUCUAGAUUCUAUCAGUUACUAUCCAAAUUGUACGGAGUAACAUCUUGAUUGUAGUGGGUAACAUAACCAUACUUUUUGUAACAUCUUUGAUAGUGCCGAGUAGCAUAAUGAUGGUACCGGAUAACAUCUACUUUUUACCAUCUUAAGAUCAUAAGUUCUUACCAUCUAUUUCUCUCCGUGAACGUAUGUUGUGAACAGCCCCAUGGAAUAUAAAAUAAAGAAUUCUUCUUGCCUCAGUUUCAAUAUAAGUUAUAGUAUUUAUUUUUAAUAUUCGUGAGAGAUCAACAAAAUUCUAAUAAUUGAUGACAUCAAAAAUAUAUUUUUCAUUUUUAAAAGCAAAUUUAAUAAAAAAUUUUAAAGAAAAUGUUCUACUUUCUUCGACUUUUUUUAGUUGGUACUGUAAAAAUAGUAAUACUAUGCUAAAUAUUUAAAAAUUAUGCUCAGAUGAGUUAAAAUUAAUACAAAAUGAGGACAAAAGUACAAAAAUAUUUACAGUUCCAAAGAAAUGGUAUUUUGUUACUAAAAGAGAUUUAAUGUUAUUUUUAAGCAUGGGUAAAUAACCUGCAGCUACUUUUUAAUCUUGGUUAUUUCGUUCAACGAUAAAGAUUUUUUUAAUAGGUAAUAAGAUGUAUUAUUUAAAUUCAGAAAAAUAUAUAUUUUUCCGAUGGUCCAUGGCUACUUUAUCUCCUUAAGGAUUAAAAUUUUACUCGAUUUUUAAUAGCUAUUGGAUUUAUAUAGAACUUGGUAAUUUUAACGAUUUUUGGAUUGUUAGAAAAAUGUCGGAUAAAUUUUUAGGAAUUUGUUCAGUUUUUGGGGUCACUGAUUACAAAUUUAAAGUCAGGUUUCGUAAAUUUUUAAAUAGUGGAGAAAAAACUCAGUAUUUUUGAUUUUUUUGGGUCGCCGAUUACAAAUAAUUAAUGUUUGGAUUUACAAAAUUCAAAAUGGUGGAUCCAAUAUGGCGACCAAAAAUUUUUAAAUUGAACAGGGGGUCGAUUAUGUAAUUUCCAUUUCCAUUUCUACUUCUUGUAAUUUUUCACUCUCAUUUUCACAUUCACUUCUACUGAUUAGAAAUUAGUAAAGAUGAAUACUAGAAUCCAUGCAAGAAAUAUUAAAUCUUCAAUUUUUAUUAAUUUUUUAAUUAUAAUCAAACAAUUAGAUUUACAGCGCUGUUAAAUACCAAUUUUAGUUAAAUUUCAAUAAUUAUUAAAAUAUUAUCUAAAUUUUAAAUCUCUAGGAAUAAAAAUAUAGUCUUGAAAACCAGAAGUAAAAUAUUUUCAAAAAAACUUCAUAUAUUACACCACCUAUUUUUUGUUUACAAUUUACAACAAAUAAACGAAAAAAGGAUGUGGGUGUAAGACAAAAACUAAUUAAUUCUAUUAUUUUAACCAAUCCUGACUUAAUUUUUAUAGUCAGUAUUACCAAUUUUUUGGAUUCAACCAAAAAGACUUUGACGCCUUCCUAUUGUAAAUCUGCAUAUAAUAUAUAUAUAUAUAUGUAUGUAUAAUAUAUAUAAACAUCUUCAUUCAAUGCUAAAAUGUAAAAAAAAAUAACUUAAAAAUAUUUCUCUGCCAAGUGAGACAAUUUUUACAAUAUAUUAAUAAUAUCCAUAGUAGUAUUUUAGCAAAAAAAAAAAACAAAAUACAAAAAAUAUUUCGAGGUCAGACUGAAAGAAAAAAGAUGAAAAUUGUAUUUAGGAAAUAGACAUUUUUUACAAUUUGAUUUUUUAAAUUCUAUAUAUUAUAGAAGAUAAACUAAUAUACAUAUUAUAUAUUUAUAUAUAUAUAUAGGAAGUUACUUAGCAUUUUAUUGAAUGUCAUAUUAUAUAUAUUGUUUUAAUCUAGUAUAAUUGUAGUAAUCACUUUAUAUAACUAUAAUUAGGUCACCAUUGAUAAAUUAUAAAAAUUCAGUUAUAAUUAGUUAUUUUUAAUUAAUUAAAUAACUGUAUAUUAAAACAUAUUAUAUAUAUUAUAAUUAAUUAGGAAGCUAAUUUUUGAAUAAUUAGUAUAUAUAUCGGUUGCAUAAUUUUCUCUCAUUAAUUUUUGCUCUCAAUUUGCAUAAUUAACAUAGAAAAUGUAAAAGAGGAUAUCCAUGUUUUUGUCGAUUUAUAAAAAUAUAUUAAUUAUUGAAAAAUCAUGAUGACAAUUUUUUACGAAGCUAAAUUUAAACUUAACUUUUUUUAUUCUUUAUGUAUUUGUAUCAUACAAAUAGUAAUAAUAAUUAAUAAAUAUAAACAUAAAAAGUAUUUACAGUAAUAAUAAUAUUAAAAUAAAAUAUAAUAUAUAGUUAUCGAAAUUUGAAUGAUAUUAUGUCGUCUUAAUGAUGAUAAAAUAUUUGAAUCACGUGUUUGAGAAAAAUGCUGCCAAAAUUGUAGCUGCUGACAAUUUGUAUCAUAUAGCAAAUAAUAUUUAUAAAUACCAGUGAAUAUUUGACUAAUGAAAAAGUGUUACACCCCUACUAUUAAUAAUAAUAAUAAUAAUCAUCUUAUUGUAACUAUAAUUGUUUUAUAUCGACAUUAUAAAGUAAACUGGCUGUGAUUAUUUUAGUGUGUUAUCACAAUAUUACAGUGUAAAUAAUUAUUAUAUACUACUAUAAUGAGAUUACAUAUACAGAAUGAUAAAAAAAUUAUUGAACGAUAAUAAUUCCCAGUGUAUAUCUAAACAAUCAAUUAAGUGCAAUAAUAAAUGAACCCAGCAUUCAA